AUGAAGAGUCACCUCCCUGCGUCAAUGGAGUCCGUUCAGACGAGCCUCGGCCUGAGAAACGGAAGCGCACCAGCAAAGACGACCCCCAAGGACCGUCGUGUUCAUUAUGUCGCAGGCGAAAGGCAAAGUGCUCGAGAGAUCAACCAUGCGGCACUUGUAUCAAGCUCGCUGACCUACUUGCUGGUAGCGACGCUGGAAAAUAUGUUUCUUGGUCAGGGUGUUCUCUGGCAGCAGAUCUGGAACAGCAUCAAGCAGCCAAAUAACCAGCAGUACGGGCAAACCCCAGACUCCCAUCCAGAAAUCUCGAUCCAGCAGAUGGCAUCUGAUGUCCGAAGACAUCUCACUGAAUUACCAUUAUCGGAAAUCGGUCAACAAGUCGAUUCGGUCGUGGAAGGACUUCAACCAGGAAGCACUUUCGAUGGGACACAUACACACCCGCCGAAAAAUACCCCAAGUCUUCAACACCACGUUAGCCUGGGUACACUCCCUCCAGACGACCUAGUAGACUCCAUGGUCAACAUAUACUUCAACCAGAUCCAUCCUUGGAUACCGAUGUUACAUCAGACAACAUUCCGAGGGUUACUGUCUAAUCCCGCAGGAAGAGUGCGAGUAUCGACAAUACUGCAUGCUAUAGUGUCUCUGUGUAUACGAUUCUCAGAUGACCCACGGCUACAGAAUGCUCCAGAACUCCGUACUCAAUAUUCCACUAUCUGUAGGCAGACAGUCAUACUUGCGAGUAUGGAGUCCUUUUCGGUCGAGAACUUGCAAGCAAUGACAAUUUGUGCAUUUGACAUUAUUGGAAGCGGCAGAGGUCCCUCGGCAUGGUCCAUAGUCGGCAGCAUGUCUAGAACCGUUGAACAACUACGUCUGAGCACUGAGGAGGAGGAGACCCAGUCACAUCAGUCUAGGUCAAAGGCUCUAAUCGAGAGAGUGGCCUUCCUCCCCCCAGCGCCAACAUGGGCCGAAGUAGAAGAGCGGCGCCGCAUCUUCUGGAAUGUCUUUCUCAUGGACCGCUUCUGUAGUAUCUGUACUGGCUGGAACCUAUCGUUGACCAGUGCUGAUGUCACGAGGAGGCUUCCUUGCGAAGGCGCUAUAUGGGAGACUGGGGAACCAAGCCAGACUCCUACUCCGUACUUUGGAAUCUCAACUCGGUCCCACGACCGCGAGAAGGAUUAUCUGCCAGCUACUCGCGAAACCGAAGAUGGGCAGGCUUCUCUCGGAGGCUUUGCCUUUUGCAUAGAGGCAACGGAGAGUCUGAGUCUUGUCACGUCGUUCUUUCUCCAAUACCGCGUUGAUUUCAAGGAGGUCCAAGAAGUUCAGAGGUGGCUUAUGAGAUUUAAGCAGUUGGACUUGCGACUCGUACAAUGGAAGUUCUUUCUCCCCGAGAAAUGGCGCAAGGCUUGCCAAUUCAACAAUGACGGCAACUUGGAUCCCAAUCUGGUACUUGCGCAUAUAGCGCACAACACUGCCGUUGUCCUCCUACACCAGGGCUUAGCUUAUCCACCAGCAGAAUGGCAGUCUCUUCCUGUCAGGCUGCCUUCUGCUUCCAGUGCAGAGACUUGCCAUGUCGCGGCUGACGAGGUUACCACGAUCGCAGAGCAAUUCCUUGGUCACUCAAAUGUGCUUAUUAGUCCACAGUUUUCCUUUUGCCUCUUCGUGUGCGGCAAGAUGCUGCUGACCCAUGCCGCAUAUUACCAGUCCGCUCUGACCUCAUCUUUUGACUCCGUUUUAUCGAGCCUCGAGGAGAUAUCUCGUAGGUGGAACGGGGAGCAGCCUCCAGCACGAGCCAAUCUGGCUUCCAAGUUUUGCUCGCGUCUCAAGAAGGCUCGCAUUGAAGGUUCUGGCUCGGUCGACAUUCGGGAAGCCUUUGCCGAGAAGCAAGAUACUAUUCCCUCAUCAAGAAAUGCAGAUGUCAGCUUUCGUAAUACCGGGCUUCAAAGGAUGAGCACUUCGACUGAAGUAACAGUACCAGGCGCAUUAGAAGGAGAAAUCGGCAUUAAUGGUACUCAGACAGAGUCGCCCGAGAGCAUUUCUUUGGCUUUCCCUCCACUUCCGCUGUCAUUCCAGAUGGGCAACGCAACUCAUGAUUCAAUGUUCGCCGCGCAGGCAAAGGCGGGCAAUGACAUGGGAGAAGUGGUCGAGUUCAAUGAGCACUCCAGUUACCGAUCGAGAUUGGCUGUAUUGAAGCUAAAUUCAGCGCCUACAAGUGCCAUGGACGACUUACCUCGCAAGCUUGAUGCCUUUGGCCCUGCUAUUCAAGAGUUGAUGAAGCUCAGUGGCACGCCAGGCUUGAGCCUCUCGGUCGCGACCAAGAAUCAGCCUGUCUAUCACGCCAACUACGGCUUUCGAGACCUCCAGAACAGACUUAAAGUUACAGAAGAGACCAUAUUUCCAGUAUGUUCACUCGCCAAAGGCCUGUCGGCCGCGGCCAUGGGCAUAUUGGUUGACGACGGCAUUGCAUCGUGGGAGAUGCUUGUUAAAGACGCGACACCCUCUUUUCAUCCAAACGACACUGAUCUGUAUAACAACACAACACUAGCGGACCUCUACAGUCACCGUAGUGGUAUGUCAUCCUGCGGAAACCUGGUUGGUGGUUGUGAGGGCAACCUCUUGAUUAGCAAAGACGACUGCAUGCGGGUCGUUAAUCACCAGACUCUGGUCCCCACGAACCUCGGUUCGUUUGCAUACAAUAGCACUGCUUAUGACGCCUGCGAUGAGGGUUUCAAAAGCCUCAGCGGCACUCCUCUUGACGACUUCCUCCAGCAGCACGUCUUCACUGAGCUCGGCUUGCGAAGAACCUUCAUGAGACCCCCGCCCAGCGACGCAGAUGAUGUGACAAAGUCCUAUAACGCCUUGGAUGAUGGCACGCCGUGGUCUAUACCGAGACCUAAGCUUGGUAUGGAUGGUAUCGGGUGCGGUUCCGGCAGACUACGGUCUUGCGCUGCUGACUUGAUCAAAGUCUAUACCUGCUUUAUCCAGAGCUUCAACCAUGAGUGUCAUACAGGCCAAACCUCUACACCAGGCUCCCCUCUGAAGCAGGUAUCGGCGAUCAUGUCUCCUCAUGUGCCAAUGCUCUCAACCGAGAGGGGCGAGGUGUCUUAUGGACUGGGAUGGGCGCGUGUGCAACUGCCCAACACCAUGGGACACAUCGGAUUGAAUGGCAGGUUAAUGCCACAUGGCAUGCCGGUUAUUGUGAAAGGAGUAGCUGACGAGCUGAUACUAUACCAUCAAGGCACGCUCCCAGGCGCUCUUGUGGUUGUUAUACUGAUUCCGCGUACGGAAACCGUCGUGUUGGUCAUGAGCAACAGCCUCUCACUUACGGAUGUGCCUGACUGGGUCUCACAAAUGGUACUCGAAGAGAUCAUGGAUAUUCCGAUCGAAGACCACACCGAUUUUGCAACAUACGCAAAGACGUCUAUCGCUAUCAACUUGGGUUGGUAUGACCGGAUUGCCCAAGGUCUCAUGCAAGUCCAACCACAGACCAUCAAACCUCACAGAUCUUUGGAGUCUUACAUAGGAAAAUAUCUAGACGAAAGUCGCGUUUUCAGCGUUGUGGUCACUGCGAAAGAGGGAGUGCUCUUUUGGGCAUUCCAGGGAAUGGAUUCGGAAAGGUACAAGCUGACGCAUUAUGAUGGCGAUACUUUUACGUGGUUGCAACCACGGAACGACUUGUCACGCCGGGGUAGAUGGGUAUUGGGAAAUGAUAACGAUCCGUUGUUCUGGAAGAUAGAGUUCGGUGUCGAUGAACGUGGCAGUGUAAAAAGGGUGCUCUGGCGACACGACCCUUCUCUAAAUCUCAUAGUCUAUUCGCGAUAG